AUUUUAGCACCUGUGUUAUGACAUAGAAGGAAACCAGCGGAUUAGCUAGCAUAGGUUAGCAUAACUACAGAGACAGCUACACUUAUUCAACACUUCAGUCCUGAUCGCAGCUUUAUUCCUGUAAGUAAAACAAGGAGCCAUUGGUUUGCGAGACACUGUAAAGUGUUUCUCUCGAGGUUCAACCAGACCAAAAUGGAUCUUUUCUUUGAGGACAUGGCAUCACCGUCCACCUCCCAGUCCACCUCCCAGUCCACUCCUAAGACCGGACACGGAGACUCACAGAUGACACCAGAACCAAACCAUGACUCCUCAUUCGGGAAGUUCUCAACUGGGAGCAUGACUGAAGCUCAAGAGAAACACACCAGCUCAAGCAUAGACACCAUCAGCAAAAGGGUGCAGGAGCUGGUAGAAAAGAUUAACGAGGACCGCACCAGUGACCAGAAAGUGUUGGACAGCUUUAAUGAGAAGUUGGUGCAGAAGGUGAGAGAGGGGUGUCAGCAGAUGAAGGAGCACAUGUACAUGGUUUACGAGGGGAACAGUAAUGAGAUGCAGGUGAAGCUGCAGGACUUGUCUGAGGUCCUGGAAAGCUGCACUAAACUCUGCCGUGAGCUUCAGGAGGCCAAACGGGCCCUGGCAGGGCUCAGAGAGGGUCUGGCCAUUACAAUGACAGGGUCCCCAUAAACUAGUAACUGUUGUUAGAUAUUGAACUGAUUAAUAUCUUAUUAUCAAUAGGUUUGUGUUCCUGUGUUUAUUAUUAUAUUGAGUAUUCAGAGUAGUUCAAGUUGUCUGUCUAAAGGCUGGAUUGGAUAAGAUUGCUCAUCUGGUUUUGCUCUUCCUUCUUUCUUCUUCCUCUUGUUCCAAGAAUACACAGUUGUCUGCGACUCUAGGUCGGUCAGGUCAGGUUUCAGGUCAUGAUUCCAGUCAAAGAAAAAGAAAGCAAAAACUAAAUACAUGUUUUACUUAUGUACCAUUUCAAUAUCUGUUGAUCCCAUGAAUAAAACUACAGAAUACAAGAGCACGAUAUUAUUUGUUAUUUGGCUCUGUGUUGUUAACAUUU